AUGGGGUCGUCACAGCCAUAUAAUGGCGCUGGCCCGUUCGGUUAUUCGAUCAAUAGAGACGAUCUCUUCUUCGAAGCGCCCGAGCCAGCGCCAGGACCACCGCUACUUUCUCUGGAAGAGAACAACAACCUCAACAACAUCCUCGAGCAACUUGCCUCUAGCCCCUUCAACGGUGUGUCGUUCGGGGAGGGCCUCAACUUUAGCGAUGCCUGGCAGCAGCUCCCACCGCAGUUCAUGGGCACUGCCACCGCAUACGGACACCAUCCCGCGCAACCAUUCUCCCCUUCGGUCUUCGACUUCUCAGACAGCAAUAUCUUCGAUGCCUUCCAAUUCCAGCCGAGCCAUGUCCCUACCCCUCACCUGAUGCAGCCUCCUAGGCAUCAUCAACGAGCGCCUAUGCGCUCGUCCCACGGGCAGAGCUCUGGUGCAGACGCUGCUGCUGUUUUGACAGCACUCCAGAGCGGCCAGGCUGCUCGUUCCAAUGGCAUCGGCCGCAGUGCUGUCCUGCCCUCUCAGCCAGGGCGACCUACCGGUCAUCCCAUUCCCCAGCCACAGAAUCACUACAUUGGCCGAAGCAGCCCCAUGCGGCCCGCCACCAUCCAGUCUCCGGUGGCACCCAUGACUGAACAUCGCGAUGAGAACCUCUUUGCUGAUAUGGCCUUUGGCAAUCCCCAUGGGCAAAGCAGUCACAGAGUAGCCCAGCAGGUUCCAGAGGACGUGAGAUGGGGAACAGACAGGAGCUUUGCGGGACCUCAGUCCUUCAUCCCUUCUUCUCAAAGAGAGACCUCGGACGUCCUCGUGAACGACCGCAUCAAGUACCUAGACUGCUUCCAGCUCAGCAACAGCACCACCAACACCCGACCUCCGAGCCCCUUAGGCAAUGGCAACGACUCCCCGGUGGGUGGACGCAACGGCAAGCUGAACGGGCAUUCCGUGCUGCCGCAUGACGUAGACGGUCCGCCAAAGAAGCGGAGGAAGAGCCAGGUGAAGGAGGAGGCAGAUGACGAAGAGGAUGCGGGACCUUCGUCCAAGGCCGCUGCCAGGAAACGGAAGUCAAAGGACAACCUCAACGCAAGCAGCGAAGCGUCAUCCUCAGCCAGCGCCCCUGGUAAGAGGCGGCGCAAGUCAAACGUCAACGGGCCUAAACCACCUAGGGAGAAUCUCAGCGACGAAGCAAAGAGACGGAACCAUAUCAAAUCCGAGCAGAGGAGAAGGACGAUCAUCAAGACAGGGUUUGACGACCUUGCCGAGAUCGUCCCGAAUCUUAAAAAUGGAGGUUACAGCAAGAGCACAAUGCUUCAGAUGGGUGCAGAGUACCUGGUGGAGUUGAUGAAGGGAAACGAAACGUUGCGGUUAUAG